AUGUUGAUUGCUCGUGCUUUGCCCAUCAUGAGAGUUUACAUUAAACCUGGUGGUCAACGAGGUUUUUCGGGGCAUUGCAUUAACCUGCCACAAAAUGUCAAAGAUCUUGCAAUGUCUUUGCCAAGAUAUCAUAAAGAUUUAGCUGUGAUUAUUGUCAAGGCUAAAGGUAGAGAAAACACAUUCAGAGAUGUGACUGUGCGAAAGCAAAAGGUGCACAAUGCUUUAGUUUGGCUUAUCAAUAAUAAUCCACAUUAUUCUGAGUUAUUAAUUAAUGAAGAUGCAUUAAGUUCCUUACCUGAAAGUGGUGUACCACCAGGUCUCAUGACUGUUGAGACUGAUGAUGAUAUAAUAUCAGAUGACAAUUGUUCUCCUGAUGUAGGUCCUCCUACUGAUAAUCCAUCAGAGGAUAUUGUUUAUAAUGACUCUACUGAAAUGAAUAGUUUUUUACCUGUUGGUGAGCAACAACAACAGGAAAUUGAAGCUGUUAGAAAUCAGCUGUCUGAAAAGAGCCAAUGCCAUGGUCCGCGGUUGAAAAUGAGCCAAUAA